AUGAGCCUUGGCGGUAGGUUUAAGAGGCCACCACCACCUCCCUCACCGCCUGCUGCCUCCUCACCUGAAGCGCCGGUACCGAUCAAACUGUCGGCCAAGGAGAAGAUCGAACAGAAGUGGCUGCUGGCGGAAGCUAACUACAAAGCCAAGUGGCGACCGCUCUUUCCGUGGCUGCUCCUCGUCCGAGCCAAGGAUGGGCACCCUUCGCUCAAGUGCGCCAUCUGCCGGGCGUUCGGGAAGGAGACCACGAAGUACUCUAACCCCGGCGAUGGCGCGCGCGACUUGCUGACUCAGACCAUGCGGAUACAUGAGCACUCGACCGUCCACCAAGAAGCUGUUGAGCGGCAGCUGGAGAUCAGUGAAGCGGUCGAGGGCAAACAAAAGCGGCUGGACGGAUUCACGAGGAGGGACGUGGAGGGCCGCAGGGUGAUUCGGCUGAUGCGCACGACGAACUUCAUCUGUAAGGUUGACGCACCGAUUUCCAUGUAUCCGCGGCUUGUGCGUUUCUUGGCUGAGCAGGAGACGCCAGACCUCCCUCAACAGUCGUACGGCGUGUACCUUACACGGGUGCUCGGCGCCUCGAUUGUUCUUCUGGCUGAGAGCAAGCACAAGCUGUACGAGACAGUCAUAUCGUACAAGUUUCAGUUUUGUCUUUUCUUCCUUGCGGACGUCCUCGCCAUCAUGAACGAGCUCAACCUCAAGUUCCAGAAGAAAGAGGUGGAUGUGACAGAGAUAGCCAAAGACAUUGACGAGGCUACGGGAGACAUGCGCCGGUGCUACCUUGAGUGCGAGGACAUCUUCGGAGCUGGCGAGAGCCCUGUGCUGUCGGAGUUUCUAACGCUGUACGGGCGGGGUGGGGGGAAAAAGGUGCGGGUGCGCGGCGUGGACACUGAAGGACAUCCCGUUUCCUGCGUCUACAAACUGCACGAGCGACACCUGAAAGGGCAUGUGUACGGCAGCACGUACAAGGAGUGCGAGAAGCUGUGCACCAAGUUUGCACAGGAAUGUGUGACCAGGCUUAACUUCCGCCUCUCCGAUCUCAGGAAGCUGGCACCCACGAAGCUGUUCCGAGCUUCCAAGUGGCCGAAGCAACGGCAGCAGCGCGACAGGAAGGUCCGGGAGUACCUUCACGGAUGCAGUGCUAUUUUUGGCGACAAACUCCCGGGCUUCGACAUGACUGCUGCCGAGAGGGAGCUUCAGACGUGGGCGCCAAUCAUGGAGGCGCACCAUGAGGAUGAGGGCUUUUUCCAGGUUUUUGCAGCAGCUGAGAGGAAGCGCAAGGAGAAAGAGCUCUCUGAAGAUGAGGUGCAGGAGAAAGAGGACCGCGUGUGUGAGUGGGGGGAGGAGCAGGAUUCAGAUCAGGACGGUGAGGAGGGGUUUGCGGGUGCAGGCCAGGAGGAUGCCUCAGACAACCCGUUCCUUUCGGAGAACGAGGGAGAUGAAGCCGACGAUGGCGAUGACAGGAUCGAGAUGGCUGUUCCAGAGCUCUAG